AUGGCACCUCAUACACUAAGUUCCGAAGGAGCUUCCAAGAUCCGGGAAGCAAUCGACUCAGUAACCUCAGAUCCCAAGACCCAAAUCCCAGGCUUCGUCUUUGUCUCAAUCAACAACCAAGGCGACGAACUCAUCGCCCACGCCUCGGGCCACCGCGGCGCCGACUCGAAGCAGGCGAUGGAUCUCGAGAGUGUGUUCUGGAUCGCCAGUUGUACGAAGAUGGUUGGUGGGAUUGCGUGUUUGCAGGCUGUUGAGAGGGGGGUGUUGGGGUUGGAUGAUGGGGAGCAAGUAGAGAAACUAUGUCCGGAGCUGAAAAGGGCGAAGAUUUUGAAGGGCUUUGAUGAGAAUGAUAGGCCGAUUUUGGUGGAGAAGAAGAAUAAGAUUACCUUAAGGAUGUUGUUGAGUCAUACUGCUGGUUUCGGCUACACGUUCUUCAACCCCGAAAUCCGUAAAUUCGGACUCCCUAAAGGACUUGAUGAAUUUUCUGGUGAUAUAAAAGAUAUCGAACACCCGCUCCUCUUCGAACCCGGCACAAAAUGGAACUACGGCACCUCCAUCGACUGGGCCUGCAUCCUCCUCGAGCGCGCCACAGGCGACUCCCUCUCCACCUACAUCCAAACCAACAUCUUCUCCCCCCUCAAAAUAACCAACAUGUCCUUCUUCCCCCCCGACGAAAUGAAGCAGCACCUCGCGCACAUGAACCAACGGUACCCCGACGGCCAUUUAACGGAAAGAGAGCAUCUGCUCCGGAAACCGCUUUAUGAACAUACUGACGAGCAGAAGAAGGGGAUUCUGAAUAGUGCCGGAGCGGGAUUGUUUGCGCAGCCCAGGGAGUAUGUGAAAAUUAUCGCGAUGCUGUUGAAUGAUGGGACGUGUCCGAAGACCAGGGCUCAGAUCCUAAAGCCAUCAACAAUCGCCGAAAUGUUCACCAACCAAAUCCCCUCCAUGCCCAACUUCGCGCGGGAACCCAUCGCCGCCGCGACACCCGAACUCACGAACCCGAUCCCGGAACUGUAUCCGCAGCCGCGAGAGCAGGAGCAAGGCUGGGGACUGACGUUUAUGUUGACGGUGCAUGAGGGGGCGACGGGGAGGGGAAGGAAUACGGCGUGGUGGGCCGGGUUGGCGAAUCUUUUUUGGUGGGCGGAUAGGGAGAGGGGCGUGGGGGGUAUGGUUGCGAGUCAGAUUUUGCCGUUUGCUGGUGAGUGGUUUUGUCUUAGGGAAGAGGGGGGGGUAUGGGCUAAUUGUGUGUAG